AUGAUAACGUAUAUUGUAUUUAUCUUGAGUGUUAUUUUUGUAGUUAGUUUUGUAGGUUUUUCUUCUAAGCCUUCUCCUAUUUAUGGUGGGCUUGUUUUGAUUGUUGGUGGGGCUGUUGGUUGUGGUAUUGUGUUGAGUUUUGGAGGGUCUUUUUUAGGUUUGAUAGUUUUUUUAAUUUAUUUGGGGGGUAUACUUGUUGUUUUUGGUUAUACUACUGCUAUGGCUACCGAGCAGUAUCCUGAGGUUUGGAUUUCUAAUAAGGCUGUGUUGGGUGCGUUUGUUAUAGGUCUGUUGUCAGAGUUAUUGCUUGCUUGCUAUAUUUUAAAGGAUGAUGAGGUUGAUCUUGUGUUUGAGUUUAAUGGUAUAGGGGAUUGGGUAAUUUAUGAUACGGGAGAUUCAGGGUUCUUUAGUGAGGAAGCUAUGGGUAUUGCGGCUUUGUAUAGUUAUGGUACUUGAUUGGUUAUUGUGACUGGUUGAUCUCUUCUUACAGGAGUGUUGGUGAUUAUGGAAGUUACUCGUGGAAAUUAA